AUGUCAAUUCGUUCCCAAACCUGCGACAACGGGGCGAUUCGUCGUCCUGCAGCAUUUGAGCGUGCGGCGCUCGGUUCCCAAAGUGACGGUACGUCGUCUCUUGCCAGUCAGCAGGACGCCGUCAACGCCGAUGAUCGCGACCCUGUGUCUGUAGUCCCCGAGACCGACACAGACUGCGCAUUUUGCACUUCUAUCGGCCAGCUUGUUCAGCACCUCACCCGCAAAGAUGAGAGGCACCGCGACGAGAUAGCUGCUCUACACGACAAAGUGCGGGAGCUGGAAGAGGAAACACCGGAGCAGAGGUCCAACAGGCUGAGCGCCGAGAAGAACACCAAGAUCGACAGAUUGAAAAGCGAGGUCGAGAAGAUCAACAAGGAAGACGAGUCACUGAAGGCGGAGAACAAGGAGUUGGAGAAGAAGCUAAAGAUGCUUGAUGCGGACAUCAAGAAGUUACAGCCACCUGCGGAGUUCACAGUCAAACAGAAGAAGACGAAAGGGAAGAAGAAAUAA